AUGCCUUCACCCAUCCGCACAACAGUUCUCAUUUCCGGUAGCGGUACCAACCUGCAAGCCGUCAUCGACAAGAUCCAGACCGGCGAAUUGAACGCCCAAAUUAUUCGUGUCCUCUCCAAUCGCAAAGACGCCUACGGUCUCGAGCGCGCUCGGAAAGCCUCCAUUCCGACCGAAUACCACAAUCUUGUCAAGUACAAGAAAGCACAUCCCCCUACGCCCGAGGGAGUUCAAGCAGCACGUGAGGAGUAUGAUGCUGAACUCGCACGGCUGAUCCUCGCGGACCAGCCAGAGUUGGUUGUCUGCCUUGGUUUCAUGCACAUCCUUUCGCCGCAAUUCUUGUCCCCGCUGGAGAGGGCCAACGUGCGCAUAAUCAAUUUGCACCCUGCUCUGCCGGGGGCAUUCAAUGGUGUGCAUGCGAUUGAACGUGCCCACGCGGCUUGGAUGGAGGGCAGGAUCGAAAAGACCGGCGUCAUGAUUCACAAUGUCAUUUCGGAGGUGGACAUGGGCCAACCGAUUCUCGUUCGAGAAAUCCCCUUCAUCAAAGGACAGGACGAGGAUGUCGAGGCCUUUGAGAAGCGUGUCCACGAGAUUGAAUGGGGAACGGUUGUCGAGGGCGUCAAGAUGGUCCUCGAGGAGCUCCAGUCUGCUCGCAAGCAAUGA